AGCGAGAGCUCUUUCCGAAUCAAGCACUCUUGUUAACACGGAUUUCUCUUCCCCAGGAGCCCUAGAUCUCUACACCGCUGUCUCGCUGCCGAUCGAUCUCGCAGAGCGCCGGUCACAGGGCUUCCGAACGCCGCUCUUCGAUCUAUCCAGCCAUGUCGUGUCCGUCUCACAUCUUGGCUCACUCCAGAAAGUUGAGAAGUGCUCAUCGCUUGCUGCGGCAUGAACGCGCCACUUUGGUGCGUUGGUUCUCAAAUGGUGUACGUCCAUCUGCUCCAUCCGCUGGUGCCGGAGACGGUAUUUUGGGUGUUCAGGGACAUGGUUUUGCUACUGGAGAAAUAAAUCAGGCCUGUAAACCUUCCAUGAGAAGCCCUCCAAGUACAGAUAGCAUUCAUUACAAAUCAACAAAUCCUGCUCUCUUCAAGGCAUCAUCCUCAGGAGUAUUCAAAGUAAAUGUUUUAAGGAUGUCAAUGAAAGUGGAAGCUCCAAUGGCUGGCUUAGCCUCCAAUGAAGGCUCACAAGUACACCCAAAGAGAUGUUAUUCAAAUGAUUCAGGCCUUCCUCCACAUCAGGAGAUUGGGAUGCCUUCUCUUUCACCAACAAUGACUGAGGGUAAUAUUGCCAGGUGGUUGAAAAAGGAAGGUGAUAAAGUUUCUCCUGGUGAAGUACUCUGUGAAGUUGAAACAGAUAAAGCAACAGUUGAGAUGGAAUGCAUGGAGGAAGGCUAUCUUGCUAAGAUAAUACACGGGGAUGGAGCAAAAGAACUUAAAGUUGGUGAGGUAAUUGCCAUCACUGUCGAAGAUGAGGAGGAUAUUCUAAAGUUUAAAGAUUAUCAACCUUCAAAAUCAAGUGCUGCUCCUGCAGCUAAAGGACCCUCAGAUUCUGCCCCACCCAAAGUAGAGAAAGUUGACGAGCCUGCUACUUUGCCUGAGCCAAAGGUUUCCAAGGCUGCUGCAGCUUCUCCUUCUGAAGAUCGCAUUUUUGCUAGUCCUCUUGCAAAAAAGUUGGCAGAAGAUAACAAUGUAACUCUCUCAAGCAUCAAAGGAACAGGUCCUGAUGGGCGCAUUGUGAAGGCUGAUAUUGAAGAAUACUUGGCUUCUCGAGGGAAGGAAGCUCCAAUGGCAGCAACCAAGGUCGAUAUAGCAGCAGCUGCAUCUUUAGAUUAUACAGACAUACCUGUUUCUCAGAUUAGAAAGAUCACAGCUUCACGGUUGUUACUGUCAAAGCAAACUAUUCCUCAUUAUUAUUUGACUGUAGAUACCUGUGUUGAUAGACUGAUGGAAUUGCGGAGCCAGCUCAAUUCAGUACAAGAAGCUUCAGGUGGAAAGCGGAUCUCUAUUAAUGAUCUUGUGAUUAAGGCUGCUGCUCUGGCCCUUAAAAAAGUCCCUCAAUGCAAUAGUUCAUGGACAAAUGACUAUAUCAGACAGUACCACAAUGUAAAUAUCAACGUUGCAGUGCAGACAGACAAUGGAUUAUUUGUCCCCGUCAUCAAGGAUGCCGACAAGAAAGGUUUAUCCAAGAUUUCCGAGGAGGUCAAACUUUUGGCUCAAAAAGCCAAGGACAACAGUUUAAAGCCAGAAGACUACGAGGGAGGAACAUUUACAGUGUCAAACUUGGGAGGGCCCUUUGGCAUCAAGCAAUUUUGCGCCAUAAUUAACCCUCCCCAAGCAGGCAUUCUUGCAGUUGGUUCUGCCGAGAAGAGGGUAAUCCCUGGUUCGGGCCCCGAGCAAUUCCAGUUCGCUAAUUUCAUGUCAGUAACAUUGAGUUGUGAUCACCGUGUUAUUGAUGGUGCCAUCGGUGCAGAAUGGCUGAAAGCAUUCAAAGGCUACAUAGAGAAUCCAGAGUCCAUGCUUCUUUAAAUCCAUUUGAUGUUCUUUCUUUCUGUCCAUUUUCUCUCUUUCAAGUUUAUUCUGCAAGGGAAAGAGCAGUAGGGGACUUUUCCACCUUUCUUUUUUUUUUUUUUAUCUUUGGCGGUGUUUUGAUUAUGACGUUCAUGUUGGUGCUCUCCCCCACAAGGAGGAACAGGGUCCCCGGCCCCAGUCCCCAGCCCCAGGUAGGUGGUUUUAUGCAAUAAAGGGUGGGAGGGAGGGGUGGGUGCUAAAAAUGAGGCUUUCGACCAUCAAUCAUAUCAGACUGACUGAUUAACGUGCCCCAAAUGGCUGGUGGACCCACCCGAAGGUGCCUUCAUUCCUAUCCUAAUAAACAACCCAAUUUUGAUCCCAGUAGUUGGCGUGAAAUUUUUUGGGCUGCGGUUUGUAAUUUACAAAGCGCUUUCUUAUGCACUAUUAAUCUUUGGGCAAGCUUAGCCUUUGGUUUGAACUCCAUAUCUUCACAUUUCAACGUUGAAAAUUUUUGUAUGGCUGUAUCUAAUUCUAACGUAUGAUCCAAAUUCUUUGUUGCA